GGUGUCGCCAGCCGCACCGACUCUCCGCCAAACCGCCGAGGACAUGUGGCCGAGACUUUCGGAAAGCUGCGCUCCGUUUUUAGCCCAAAACAUUUCCCAGAUAGUGCGAGUUCUUGUCAGCGUUUUGUAGCAGGGGGGGUUCGGACGGCGAGAGCAGUUCCACUGGGUGCGAACCAGCUGCAGUUGCACGCAAAAAGCGGUGACCGGGACAGCCCAGGGCCAGACAUGACUGGACCUGGAAGUGACGGCCAGGGUCCGCCUGAUGGAACGGAUGCUGAGGAGGCAGAGAGGUGUCCAAUCUGCUUGGGUGUCCUGGCUGGAUGCGAGCUUGCCAUGCCAGACAGCUGCUGCCAUGUCUUCUGCCUCAGAUGCCUCCUUACAUGGGCAGAGUUACAGAUGGCUCCUUCUUGCCCGGUGGACAGAAGACCUUUCACUAAUGUUUACAGAUGGGACGGCAAUCUGAGCUGUGUGCAGGUUCCUGUGAGGAAGCAAACAACUCAACUUGAAGCUGAGAGUUGCUGCUGUAGAAACCCCGAACAAAAUGUCUGUCUCAAAAAUAAGCCCGCAAGAAGAUUGAGACGGCAAAAGGGGGAGAGGACGGCAGACGCCAAAACAAAAGGACUCGUAAGGAAAUGUAACGACGAGGACCCCUCCUCACUGAGCAGAAAAAAGGUGAGAGGAACAGAGUGCUGCACUUGGUCACCGUCUCCCUGCGUCUCAUUAACAACCACAUCAACACAAGACAUUGCAGAGCCUGUUUGGGUGACAGAGGACAUACCUUACGACACUGAUUUCAAACACUGCAAACCCCAGGUGCAAGACUGUCCGUGGCUGUCUCCUGCUGCUCCCAUCCCCGUUAAUGGCACCUCAAGGCAGAGUUUCCACCCCUCUAGUUGGAACCACAGUCCAUUUCCAUUUGGACUCUGCUCAUCUCCCUUUACCUCCAGCUCACCGUUUGGUCGUGGACAUUUUGUGUUUGAGGGGGUUGUCUGCGCCAUCACCUGUCCCAAAGGAGGAGAGAAGAGAGGCAGCAGAGCCUCAACCUCCAAAGCGCCCACCAAAGAGGCGGAGUCUCUACCAACCAGGCGAUCAGGACGCAACAGUAAAACCCAGGAAGAGACUCCAGCGUCUGACCCCUCACCACCGCCUCAGUCCAGUUCAUCAGACUCCGACUCGUCCACCAACCAGUCCGCCAAGCCGGCCAAGACUUCUCAGGCGCCAGUUAAGAGGAAGGGCAAACACGUGACAAACCGAAAGGCUGGCGGCAAGCGGAAAGCCUCAACAAGAAAAAAACGCUCUCCUGAACCCGUUAGCAGCCCAGCAGCAAGUGACGAGGAGGAAGAGGCAGACAGAGGUGACAACCACGAGAAGGAGGAGGAGGAAGAAGAAGACAAAAGUGAUCAAGAGCCGGAUACAAACAUAUCCGAGCAGCAGCAGUCUGAUGGUGAAGGGAGCCUCAAUGCAGACCAGGACGGUUUAACCUCUGCUGACGUGCAAAGAAGUGCAGAAUCUCUGAGUAACGAAAUUGGACAGGACAGUGAUGAGAACCAAGAACCACAUGACGAACAUGAAGAUGAAGAGAAGCAGGAUGUGGGAGAUGAUGACCCGUCUUUUCCCUCAGACUUGGCUGCUGACAGCCCUGGUUCCUGCUCUGAGGGCUACCAGAGCAAGAAAGGAGAGGACGAGCCAGCCAGCCCCGUUUCCUCUGGAGACCAUGACUCUGAGAAAAGGGCUUCUCCGUCACCCUCUGACUCUCACAAAGCUCUGAUUGAAGACCUGAUGUCUCCGCACUCUGAUGAGCAAACAGAGCAGGAUGAUGAAAUGGAGAUUUCAGAGUCGGACGAAGGUAACGGUAAAGAAUCUUGCAAGGAAGCGAAGACUGACUCAUGUGAGAACUUGGCACAACCCGGCUCACCCCCUGCUGAAGAGGCGGAGGACGAUGUGGCUGAACCAGAAACAACAGCUUUUGAGGAAUCUGAUAUAAAAAAGUUUGGAUCAGAUGAGCCCUCAUUAGUUCAUAAUUCGGGGGAAGGAACCAAGGAGGGCAGUCCAUCCAAGGAUGACACAAAUGUUGUCCCCAUGGACUGCAGUUCGCCCAUGAGUGAGCAAGGCAACAGUGCCAUUUUGGAACUGCCGAAGGAGAGCGCCGACCCAGCUGCUGCAGGAACCCCUCCUUCUGAAAGCCAAGUUGCUAAGGACGAGAGCGGCAAGGACCAAGGGCAGAGGGAAAAGAGCCAAGAGAGGAGAAACGGCAGGCAGCGGCGCUCUCGCUUCCACUCCCCAACCUCCACCUGGAGGGACUCCAAGCGAGAACCAUCCAGGCGCUCGCGGUCUAGAGAGCGCGAUGGCAGCCCGCCCUCGCGGUCUAGAGAGCGCGAUGGCAGCCCACCCUCGCGGUCUAGAGAGCGCGAUGGCAGCCCACCCUCAAGGUCUAGAGAGCGCGAUGGCAGCCCACCCUCGCGGUCUAGAGAGCGCGAUGGCAGCCCACCCUCAAGGUCUAGAGAGCGCGAUGGCAGCCCACCCUCAAGGUCUAGAGAGCGCGAUGGCAGCCCUCCCUCUAGCCACUCUUCCCGAGCUCGCAGCAGAGAAAGAGACAGGGACCGGGACGGCGAGAGAGACUAUUCUAGGAGGGAGCGUAGUCGUGAGAGGAGGAGACGGCGGUCGAGGAGUCGUUCCAAAUCCAGGUCCCGCUCUCGGUCCAGGUCUCGAUCCAGAACAAGGUCUCACAGACGGGGUCCCAGCCCCGAAUGGCCAACUUCUAGAGAGCAAUCUCCGCAGAGGAAGGAGCGCAGAGGGGGAUGGAGGUCGGGGCAGGGUAGCAGUUCUGGUGGUGAGGGACGAAGGUUUCAGGGAGGCGCUUGCCGCUCUGAAAAUGGUGUGCCUACAGAAGGUUCCCCUGAACGCCAAGGCUGGUCGGAGAAUCCUGACUGGGUUACAGAAAAGACUCGUGAAGCCGAGGGCAAGAAAGACUUUGGCUUCAGUGGCGGCUCUCGCUGGGAAGACAGGAACAGGGGGGAGACACGGGGUCGUGGAGGGUUUGAACGUGGCCGAGGCGCCGGGCGGGGCGGUGGCCACCGCAGCCUCUACAAUCAGCAGGAGGAAACGUCUGACAACCGCUGGCAGUCCAGAAACAGCUUCUCAGGUACAGGCAACAAUUCAGGGAACGACGCAUACAGCCGCUACAAUGAAAACCGGGGUGGUGGCCGGAGGAAAGACUCUGAGCAGGGCGACUCGAUGCACGAUCGGUCAGGAUGGUCAUCCGCAUCCAGCUGGGCUGUCAGGAGGACGCUACCUGCUGACGUUCAGGACUACUACUCAAAGAGGGAGAGAGGAGGACCAGGAGGCUGGAACCGAGUCGAGGAGGAGCAGCAGCAACAGCCAGGAUCAGCAGAUCCCCCCAAAAGUGAUGCACCUCCCCAGACGGUCCCAGGUAAUGCCCCGGUGCCUGUGAUGAACGCGAUUCCUCCUCAGCUAAAUGUUCUUCACCAUCACUACCCAAUGCAGGGCCCGCGAGGAGCCCUGCCCGUCAGCCUGCAGCCUGCGGCACCGUAUGGCAUGCCGCCUCAGGUCCCCGCGCACCUCCACCCUGCCGUGCCACUGCUUCAGGUGCCCGCUGUCGGUGCUCAGGGCCUCCCGCCUCCUCCCCCGCCGCCCCCACCCAUGCAGCAAGGCAACCAGACGGCAGCAGCUCACCCUGAUGGCCACAUGACUCAGAUGGCGAGUACCAUGAUGGGUUAUGGGAAAUCUGCCCUGCUUCCCACCCCUACCAAAGCUGGCGUAGUCUCAGCGACCCAGGGACAGCCAGCACCCAGCCAGGUGCUCCCAUCCUCCACAACUCAGCCUGGCUAUAACAGGGCUCACGCCGACAGCUCCAAAAAAGAAAAGAAAAUACAGAUCCAAGAGAGAGCUGUAAAUGAAGUGAAGAAUGCCAUUAAACCUUAUUACCAAAAGAAGGAAAUCACCAAGGACGAGUACAAGGAGAUAGUCCGCAAAGCAGUGGAGAAGGUGUGCCACAGCAAGAGCGGCGAGGUGAACUCCAGCAAGGUGGCCAACCUGGUGAAGGCCUACGUGGACAAAUACAAACACGCCCGCAAGAAGUGAAUCUCUGCCCCGCUGCUGGCGUGGCGAUGCCACUCGCUCACCCAUUCAGCUGCUCAAGUGCAAUUUCCUCAAGCUGGAAUUUGGCCUCCAAACUGAAAAGAUGACGGAGAGCCAGCAUUUUCUUUUCUUUUUUUUUCUUUUGAUAUCUGUACCUUGUAUUGGAUGAAGAUUUUUUUCUAUAGAUUUUCAUAUUUUGUUAGAAAACGAACGAUCCAAUCAGAAAUUGUAAUGCAAGAGCCCUUUAUUUUGCAUAGAUCACGCGGCUUGGGAACUACUGUAAAGAGCGCAGGGUGGGGGGGACGGUAGAUACUUAAAGAUACAGCGCUCAGUGAACAUUAGCUCAUGUAGUGGAGAGCCCCUCCCAGGGUGUCAGCUGGUACGUUGAACUUCUCCUCCAUGGCAUCCCGAUCGCAUAGCUUGAUUACUGUCAAUGUUCUUUUUUUAAAUAUUAUAUAAUAUUUCAGAGGAAAGCCUAGUUUAAAAAUAAAAAAAGAAAAAGUGCAUUGCCUUUAUUGAUCUCUGUAGCCCAAUGACGGGCUGGAAUCUGAUGAAUCUGAUGAGUGUGGUUGUAAUCAGGGCUCUGAUUGGCUAACGAGAUAACGAGUGGGAGGGCCAAUCAGCAGUGAGUGUGUAAUGUGUAAGGUGCAGGUCCCCGGGGGGGGGGCGAGCGAGCGAGCGGGCAUAUCUGGAGUAAGAGACCCCAGCACCCUGCCUGAAUGUGUAAUAAAUGUCAAUGCGAGAACAUGAACUGUGCAAAGUGUCCAGAGAGUAGUGAAAUAAAUUAGCUGCUUCCUGAUGCUCCGUGUGUUUGUCAGGGGGAGGCCCACACCACCAUCUUGCAUUUGAAUGACUCCUCUUGAGAGCACCCUUUAAUUUUUUGCCUCUGUCUUUGAGCCAAGGUGUUUGCAUUACCUUUCAAAAUGUUGACUGGUACCGUGAUGUGCGUGUCCGUUUCCUUUUUUUUUGUUGUCCCUUUGCCCCAUUUAACCACGAUGACUCUGCUGUGAGUUGACGAAGGAAAGAACAACCAGUACAGGACAUCUGUGAAAUACAUGUACACUAUGUCGGAGCACUGCUAUAGUGCACAGUAUUGAUCAUAUCAAGACAUAUAAAGGAAAAAAAAGGAUUUACUUAUAAAUGUGGGUGACUACUGCUUUCAACUAACACAUUAAGAAACCUUAUUAAAGCAUGAGGUUAACAAAUGUCA